AUGGGCUGCCGUCAAUACGACCGGAAGUUUUUCUCACACGUGACGAGCCGCGUGGUGGUGGCGGUGACGGUGGGCCAGGUGGGCCACCCACAGCUGGAGGAGGUGGUGGCCAGGCUCACGUCGUGGCAGGUGGCCGCCCUGGAGCGUCACAUGCAGGUAACUCUGCUGGCCAGCGGGAGGGUCACCUUGCGGGAGGGCGGCCUGGCAGUGCACCACGCCGCACGCCCCUCCCCCACUCAGGCCCCGUCACACGUGCAGGUCACCGCCGACGACGUGUGGAGUGUGUUCUCGGUGGACCGCGGUCCGGCAGGCAGUGGCCCGCCCGUGCACGUGUACGCGGCGCUCAACGUGGGGCGCGAGGGAUGGUGCGUGCUUGCCGCGGACUUCCACACGCUGCUGCACGUGCUGCAGGAGCACGGCAUGCAGGCGCCUCACCUGCAGGCGGGGCAGGAGGAGGCGUGCGGCCCGGACUGUGAGGGGCGGCGUGACAGCCUGGUGGCGCGGGCCAGGGCGGGCCUGAGGCAGUAUCCUACCAUCCGGCGGCCGCGGUGCGUGCGAUGGCACAAGUACCUGGUGAAGCGUACCCUGCAGCUAUCCUGGAUGAUGCUGGCGGAAAGCGAAGAAGCCAUGGUGCUGUGCGACGCGCCGCUGCUGCACUAUCUCAGCCACGGUGACCCGGAGGCUGGGUGGGUGCUGGUGGCGGGCUUCGAUGUGCGGGAUCGCAAGCAUCGAGCCGCGGGGCGCACGGCCGCGACGGAGCGGCCUGUGGAGGUUGUCUGCGAGGAAGGGGAUGAGCGCGGCUUCCUGCUGGGCGUGAGUCCUCUGCUGCGGCGCUGCGGGGAGGCGAGCCGCAAUACUUUCCUGCGCCACUUCACACAGAUCAACCCGCUGUGCUGGGAAGAGGCGGAGGCGGCAGUGGUCGGCGAGGGCGGCCUACGGGCGGCAGCCUUCAGGCAGGUGUGUGGCCUGCCGCUGCCCUACCUGCGCCAGCACGCCCCACACGCGCUAUACUCAGCCAUCAGCCUGAGUCGCGCCCUCGUGCCAUGGGUGGCGGAGGAGCACCUCAAGGCGGGUGAGGACAUCACUUGACCUGGCGGGGGCGGGGCGUGGCAGGUUGGGCGGGGACGUGGGUGAGUGCUGGACCUGGCAAGCAUUAUCGGGGCCGCGGUUCAGUGUGGUGGCUGCCCGGGCCCGCCAUGAUCCACUCUCCCAUCCUCCAUCAGCUACACCUACCCCGCCCCCCACACCCAACACGCCAGCCUCGCCGUGUGGACCAAGCCGUUAUCUCGUUGUUAUGUGUACCGUUCAUGUGUUACUCGUGUGUGUGUGUGUGUGUGUGUGUGUGUGUGUGUUUGCGCCAGUGUGGGUGAGUGUUACGGAUUGUGCUGGACAGGAAACACACGUCACUCUGAUGUGCUGGUGACGUGAUAGGAAGUGACGGGAUGACCUAGCAUCAGUGAUUCUCCUCUUCUUCCUCCUCCUCCUCCUCCUCCCUCCCUCAAUCUUUCCUGUCUUGGAAAAAAAUAGAUAUAUAUUCUACUUUCUCUCAUGCCCCCUUAAAAGAAAGGGAGCGCCGUCCCCUUCUUCAGAAAGUGUGUGUGUGUGUGUGUGUGUGUGUGUGUGUUGCAAAGUUUGUCAUACUCUUAUCAAGGUUGAGGUUGUUGUCAUGGUGUGAUAAAGUCUCUCUCUCUCUCUCUCUCUCUCUCUCUCUCUCUCUCUCUCUCUCUCUCUCUCUCUGAUGUUAUAUAAGGUCAUUUGGGUGUGUUGUGCCUUGUCUCUCUCUCUCUCUCUCUCUCUCUCUCUCUCUCUCUCUCUCUCUCUCUCUCUCUCUCUCUCCAUGGUGUAUAAAGGGCUGUGCAAGUAAUAAGGAAGGAGGAAGGAAGUUUUUGGCAUCAUAUAAUUGUUAUCUUAUUAAACUUUUUACCCAUAUUUAUAAGUUCGUUUUCUUCACAGAUCCCUUUAAAACUGUGUGUGUGUGUGUGUGUGUGUGUGUGUGUGUGUGUGUGUGUGUGUGUGUGUGUGUAUUGCCGGGGUGAGGAUAGUCUCUCCUGCAGCGUCACGUUCUCUGCGUUGCAAGGAUGAAGAGAAACGAACCUUACAUUGAUGGAGGGUAGGGGAGAUAAGGGCGCGGGGCGGGGAGGGGGUGGAUGGAGUAGGCGCCUCGGUGACGGGCUCUGGUGGAGGUGCAGGUGUUCCUCUCAAGGCCAGGUUGCCGUUGCUGUUGGUGCCGCUCUGCUGUUGCUGUCACUGAGUGCAGGGCAGGACGUGCUGGAGGAUUUGCGAGUGGCGGGCGAGGAUUGGGUGGAGCAACGGGGACCAUAUACACUACCAGGGCGGUGUGAGGCAUGUGGCGUCAUCGCUGAGCUGGUGGUGGCUGGCAACACUCAUAGCCCAGGAGUAUAUAAAGGCGGAACCCAACAGAACUCUUCGGUAUUUCAGAAAGAACUGCUGUUGUGAGAGGAGGAGCUUGAGUCUAGAAGGUUAGAGACUGGAGGUUCUACUGCAGUGGUGGUGACUAUGCAAGCUGGUGAAAAUAGAGGAAGAAAAGGUGAUAUUGACUUGGAAUUGAGGUUAAUUGUAAACUAGAAGGACAAGGAGUGAGAGGAAAUAAAAAAGACAAGAAGAAUAAGAGAAAGAAAGACAGAAAGGAGGAAAAAUAUAUAAAAAGAAAGAAGAAAAAGGAGAAAAGGAAAAGAACAAUAAGGUAAAAAAAAAAGUCAGUGUUAUAUGAAAGAAAAACAGCAGGAAGGCUAGAAAAUAAAUUAGUAUUACAUUAAGGGAAAUCAAAAGAUAUUUCCACACAAUCUUACACGAGAAACAAGGAGAAAAGAAGGAAGGGAAGACGAUAGGCAGGAAAAGAAAACAACAAAACAUACCCAAACGACGAUAGGAAGAUAAAAGAGAAGAGGAAGAGGAGGAAAGAAGAGGAAGAAGGAAGAGGAGGCAGUCAUGUCUACAAAAGGAGAUAGAAUAAUGUCUCAAAUUCAAGCCAUGCAAUGUCACGUGACCCAGCUACGUCAGGAAGCAAGCAUCAGGAGGGUACCAGUCAGCCAGGCGUGUCACGACCUGAUGAAGUACUGCGAGGAACACCAGAAGGGCGACGUGUUGGUGACGGGCAUCAGCCAGUCUGAGAACCCUUUCAAAGAGAACAAGGCCUGCGUGCUGUUGUGAUGCUGGCCACAACAAGGGAGGUCCCCCCACACCUGACUCCCCCCACACACCUCCUCCCUGCCGCCCUAGUCACCCCCUCCCCCAGCAGGUGUGGAAACAAACCCGGUGCCAUGGAGGAAGGAAAGAAGGAAGGAAGAGAAGGAAGGAAGGAAAGAAGGAAGGAAAAGGAAAAAAUGAAGCAUGCGUGAUUAAAAUUUGAAGUAUUUGUCAAGUAUUGGUGUGUGUGUGUGUGUGUGUGUGUGUGUGUGUGUGUGUGUGUGUGUGUGUGUGUGUGUGUGUGUGUGUUAUCAAAAACUGCCCCAUAUGCGGUUCAACUCACUAUAAGGUUGUAGAGAGAGAGAGAGAGAGAGAGAGAGAGAGAGAGAAUAAAUGAAAGAUACUAUGCUUAAAUUAAUGUAAGAUUAUGUUAUAUCAUCUAAUGUUUGAGAGAGAGAGAGAGAGAGAGAGAGAGAGAGAGAGAGAGAAUCAACAAAACAUAUAUCUACUACACACACACACACACACACACACACACACACACACACACACACACACACGGUAACAGGGUAAACACUGAACACAAUUCUCAAUAUCACAGUCAUGCCUUAAAUAGAUAAAUUGAUAGAUAAAAAUACAAAUUUUUAACAAUACCACACACGAAAGGGAAAAAAAGAACUUAGAGUAAUGGUAAUAUUUCUAUAGGGAAUAAAACACGAUUAUUAUUAUUAUUAUUAUUAUUAUUAUUAUUAUUACUAUUAAUGUUGUUGUUUUUAUUGUUUAUUUUAUUAUUUUUUAGUAGCAGUGAAUGCGUGAAGGAAUGCGUGUGAGAUUAUGAUAGAAAACGACUUAAUUUUAAUAUAGGCAUACUGUAGACUUAUAAAAAUAUAACCCUAGAAA